UCUUGUUAUCAAUUUUUAGCCGAGAAAAAUAAGUACGAGUUUGUCAAGUGAACAAAAUUUUAUUAGAUUUUCGGUAAUAAGUUAAAGUUUGUCAUAAAUAUUAUAUAUAUUAUAUAUCUAUAUAUAUAUUUAUAUAUUUUGUUAGUUAUUGUUCUGAUUGAUUAAUUAAUUGUGUUUGUUAAUUAAAAGUAUUCAAGAAUUUAAUGAUCUCAAAAUAAAUUUUCCAAUCUCGCCAAAAGUGAAAACUUAUAAAGAAAUGAAAAGUCAAUAAGCCAUCGCCUGGAGUUCAAAAAUCGAAAUUUUCACAUCUAAUCUCAAAAUAUAAACAAAAAUCCUCUCAAUUUAUCGCUCAAAAUGUAUUUAUCCUGCAAAUGUCUCAAUAUAAUAAUAAAAUAUUCACCGAGCCAAUUAGCAAAAGACCCGGAGUUAUCACAAUUUCCCAAUCAUGAAUUUUUCCGCGAUAACCUUGAAAUAAUUGAAUUAACUGACGAUAACUCCGCUGUAUUAAAACGCCAGCCAGCAUUAAUCGACGAAGAAUUAAUCGAUACAUGGAGGAUAACUCAUUGCAUUAAUUGUUAUCAGUACACUCACGCUAUUACUGAUAACCCCGAUAACUCUGAUUCUAAAAAACCAGAUGAAAAACAAUCAAUUCGAUAUUUAUUGAUAAAUAAAUCAUUGAUAACAAUUGAUAACUCUGAUGAUAACCCCGAGUUAUCACUUAAAAAUUCAAAUAUCCCUAAUUCAAUGUCAACUAACGUUAAAUCACAAUUUAUUCCUGAUACCUCACAAUUACCAAGUGAUAACUCAUCAUUAAUAAAUGAUAACUCACGAUUAAUAAACGAUAAUUCAUUGAUAAGUGAUAAAACAAUGAUAUUUAGUGAUAAUAUACCAUUAAUGAGUGAUAACUCAACGUUAACGAGUGAUAACUCAACAUUAAUAAAUGAUAACUCAUUAUCAAAUUCAUCAUUAUCAAUUGAUAAUUCACUAACAACACGUUCAAUAACAAAUUUCAAUGAUAACUCAUUGAUAAUGAGUGAUAACUCUUUUAUUGUUAAUGACAAUUCAAAUAUCACAAGUGAUAAUUUAACAUUAGUUAGUGAUAACACAUUGAUAACAAGUGAUAACUCAAAAACAUUACGUGAUAAUUCAAAAAUAUCAUUGAUAACAAGUGAUAACUCAACAAUAUCACAUGAUAAUUCACUGAUAAUCGAUGAUAACUUUUUUAUUAAAAAUAAUAAUAUUUUAAAUAAAUUUAAAAACAACAAAAAUUUCAGUGAUAUUUAUAACGUUAUCAUUGAUAAUGAUAAUGAUAAUGAUGAUAAUGAUAUUUCAGUAAUUAAAAAAAAAUUAUUACCUAGUGUACAGUUAUCACUGGGUAAUUUACAGCAACAGUAUGAAAUAAAAGUUAAAAAUAUAAAGGAUAUUGUUGACGAUAACAUCAAAAAGUUUAUCGCUAAACAAUAUGAAUAUCUUGAUAACUUUAAAGAACGUGGUCAUCGUGAUUAUUGUAUUUUAAGUAACAAAAUAUUAAGAAAUGAAUUUAAAAAAAUAAAAAGUGAUAUUAAUUGUGGGGUUAUCAGUGAUAAUGAUAAUGACAAUGAGUUAUCUGCUGGGAGUAAGACUGAAGGAUAUUUGCCGGCUAAAAGGUCUGAUAUUGUGAGACCGAUAACUGAAGAUAAUCUAUUUGUACCUGGAAGUUUAAUGUUUUCCGAGAGGUCUGACAAUAUGGCGGACGAUGAAGUUGAAGGUAAACGCGAAAUGAAGAGAGAGAAGAAUAAGAGUGGGGGUAAGAGGAUCAAGAGAAGGCAGACAAAGAAACAGAGCAAUGAUAUCGAUGAUGAGGUUAUUUUUGCGAUUGAGGGAAUGGAUGAUAAUGAUAUGGAGAUUGAGGAUAACAAAGUUUCUGACGAUGAGGAUGAGGAUGAUGAAGUUGAAGUUGAUACUGAUGAUUCUGGACAAGACGAAGGAAUUCAUAUUCCACGUGUACAACGUGGUGGCCAUCCUACCCUCGCCAAAUCAUUACCCGUCAGUGUGCCUAAUUUCUUAUUUGGACAACGUACGCAGCGUCGUAACGACGACCAGGAAUCAAUGGAUCCCCUAGAUCCUCACAACAUCCGCGCAUCAAUAAAAGCUCUCGCUAAAAGCGUCCACGGUGAUACAGUCUUCGGUGACUUACCUCGGCCAAGAUUCUCAACGGACAUUUGACUCGAUAAUAUUUCUGAGUCACCAUAAUCAUCAUCAUCAUAAUUAAUCAGUUUAUUAAUAAAAAGAAAAAAAAAAUUUUUUUCUUUUAAUGUUUUUUUAUUUUUUAUAACUACAAUAAUCGUACAAUUAUUUAUAAGCUAAAUAUUUUUUAUUAUAAUGACAAAUAAAAAUUCAUAUCGAAUA